AGGGGGGAGGGGGCGAACCCCGGGACUGCCUCGCCAGGCCUCGGCUCCCCGGAGACUCUUGGGGGUCUGGGCCCCAAGGGUGAUUCAGGUGCUGCCCUUCCCCGACCUGGGCUCGCCUCCCCCACCUCCUCCUCUGCUUCACUGUCCCGGGCCCAGCAGUUGCCGGCGCGCUCAUGCUCCGAGGCCUGAGCCAACCGGAGGCGAGACAAGCACAGGGCCCUGCGCGCAACCCGGCACCUAAGGAGGCCUGCCGGGUGCAGACUCUCCUGCUCCCACCGGCGCCCUUCCCUCUAGAGACGCUGAGAGAACGGGAGCUAGUAGCGCCCCCACCCAACGCCACCUCGGAGACUCGGCCUCCUUCUUUCUCAACUUCGAACAAUACAAAGUGUGCUAGGACAAGACAAGAUGGCGCCCAGCAGGAGGAGCGGAGAAAGGCAGGGGUGUAAAUCUGGCUUCCAAACUGGAAGCGUCAACAAAGGCGUGGGAGGUCUAACUGCGCAGGCGUGCAGCUUCGGCAAGCUUUAGAAUUCCAACAGCGCGUCCAAAACGUGGUCCCUGACUGAGACUUAUUUUACGCCACUAGAGCGAGGGUGGGUAGCGUCAGAAAGAGCGGGGAGCACGGGGCGGGCCAGCUUCGCCGCGGGAAAAGAACGGGAGGCGGAGUGUCCGCAGCGCGCACGCGCAACGAAAGUCCAUGGCGGUCUGGAGAGACUGGCGGAAGCUAGCUUUGCAAUAUGGCGGCCGAGGCGGAUGGACCGCUUAAACGGCUGCUCGUGCCGAUUCUUUUACCUGAGAAAUGCUACGACCAACUUUUCGUUCAGUGGGACUUGCUUCACGUCCCCUGCCUCAAGACUCUCCUCAGCAAAGGCCUGGGGCUGGGCAUUGUGGCUGGCUCACUUCUAGUAAAGCUGCCCCAGGUGUUUAAAAUCCUGGGAGCCAAGAGUGCUGAAGGGUUGAGUCUCCAGUCUGUAAUGCUGGAGCUAGUGGCAUUGACUGGGACCAUGGUCUACAGCAUCACUAACAACUUCCCAUUCAGCUCUUGGGGUGAAGCCUUAUUCCUGAUGCUCCAGACGAUCACCAUCUGCUUCCUGGUCAUGCACUACAGAGGACAGACUGUGAAAGGUGUCGCUUUCCUCGCUUGCUACGGCCUGGUCCUUCUGGUGCUUCUCUCACCUCUGACGCCCUUGACUGUAGUCACCCUGCUCCAGGCCUCCAAUGUGCCUGCUGUGGUGGUGGGGAGGCUUCUCCAGGCAGCCACCAACUACCACAAUGGGCACACAGGCCAGCUCUCAGCCAUCACAGUCUUCCUGCUGUUUGGGGGCUCCCUGGCCCGAAUCUUCACUUCCAUUCAGGAAACCGGAGAUCCCCUGAUGGCUGGGACCUUUGUGGUCUCCUCUCUCUGCAACGGCCUCAUCGCCGCCCAGCUGCUCUUCUACUGGAAUGCAAAGCCUCCCCACAAGCAGAAAAAGGCGCAGUAGAGCCAGCUACUGGAGUCAUUCCGUUUCCACUCAUUCGCCCAACCUCAGGGUUCUCCCCAUCUGAGCCAGGACUUACUCAUCCUCCAUUCCUCUGCACUUGCAGACUUUCUGAGCCAGGGUUUUCUUUUAGUGGAAACAAAUGGUUGAUGGAUCCAGAUCCUUAGAAAAGGAGAGGAUGGGGGUAGAGUCUCCCAAGCCAAAAUUUUGACAUCUGAGUGCUUUCAUAAGCCCUGUACAUGUACUAUUAAUUCAGUCAUUCAGCCAAGCCUCCUCCUCUAGCAGCAAUUUCCAGCUGUUUAACACUAUCCUGGGCAAAUGUUUUACCCUGUUCUCCAGCCUCCCUGCUUCCCUUCUGGCCCUGGAAGACCGAGUCUGGACGGCAGAGUGGAGGGACUGGGAGGCUGUGGCUGCCUCCCUCCCUCAGCCCGGCUGGGACUGUCUCCCGGACCCCAGUGCUGGGGUGGGGGAAGGGGGACGGAGAAUGACUCAGGCAGGGCCCCAGGGUGGGGUGAGGAGGUUCCUGCUCUGGCAGGUCUAGGCGGAAGGGAGUGGAGAUGGGGCUGGUUCCUGCUGCAGUGAGGGGAACAGAUGGGACAAUAAAGACUGGAGACUCAGUUGAAUAAUACAAAA